AUGGACCCGUACACGCUGCGACCGGGCGUCGACACGACAAUAAACGUGAAUGUGUUCCCUGAAGUGAUCCACGGGAGCAACAAGUCCUUGUCCAAGACCAUCUAUAAACAGCACGGCUCCCACACGAGGACGCCUGAGCAAUCCGCGCCGCAACCUGCGCAGCAACCGAGAAGGAUACCUGCAAAGUCACCAAGGCCGAAUUGGCAACCAAAGCAAGGCUAUCCGAACCAGCAGCAGGAGUUGGCGCCCGAAGAGGUCUCGGUCUUCGACACCAAGUCGACGCCCUUCUCUCUUUCCGAUGGACCACGCCUGCCCUCCUCGCCCAUGCCGUCCAGAGCGCGUCGUGGAAUCGACCUCUCGACUACGCACUCGUCCUUGGUCGUUGCGUCACGAGCGAACGAGUCGCCGGACUUCCCGCAGGCACAUUUCCUGCACAUGCCGCCGAGGCUGCGCGACAGCAUGUCGCCGCAGCAGCGCGAGGUGUACCGGGACUUCCAGCAGGAACCCUCGGCGUUCUCCAGCUCUCGCCAGUUCGUCAUCCCCCGCGAGAAGAUGCACGACCCCGAGGUUCGGGCCUCACUGCGCGCCUACGUCGAGUCCGUCAUCGAGCAGGCGGUCGAGUGCGCCAAGGUCAUCACCACCUGCGCCCUCAGGGAUUCGCAGUCGCAGCCCAACACUCUGCACAAGUGGGAUCCCAAGGCCAGCGUCCGCAACGUGCGCCCUCCGCCGUUGCUGAACCUUCCCACGGUGACGCUGGAGCGAGUGGGUUCCCGGGACGAGGUGAUGAUGAUGAUGGACACCGAGACGACGGCCGGCUCGCAUCGGCGCGAGUUCCGGUCGCCCAAGAUGCGCUUCUUGGCACGCCUCAUACCGAGCCGGCUCAGCCGGAGCCGUGCGGGCUCGCUCAGUCAGAGCGUGUUCGAGAAGGACGAGGAGCGCAGUCACAUGACCAUGAGCAUGAGGUCCAAGCCCUCCAGCUGGAAGACUUUCUCCUUCUUCUCGCAGAUGGUGGAAAAGCCGCGACUGGAAAGCCUGCGCGAGUGGUCCUUCUCGAGGAUCGUCGUCAUCGACAUUCUGCGCACGCGCAAGCAGGACCUGGUCUGCAGCGCACGGCACACGUUCUCUGGAGAGUGGGCCAUCCUCAAGAUCGUCUGGAAGAGGCGCUUCAGAUCGAAAAAGACUGACAUCACCCGAGAGCGCAAGGUCUGGGAGGCCGUGUCCGACUGCCAAUUCGUCGUGGGGCUCAAGGCGUAUUUCAAAACGCCGCAAUGUUACUGUUUCGUGGCCGAGUACUACGAGGGAUGCACACUCCAGUCGCUUCUCGAAGAAGGCGCGCUGCGAGAUGACGUCAUCGUGAAUAUCGUCGCCAACGUCACAUACGCGCUCAAGUACAUCCACGACCGAGACAUGAUGUACCGCAACAUCUCGCCGACGACCAUCCUCAUCGACAUGACCGGCACUGCGCGACUCUUUGACUUCGCCUUCUGCUCCGUUGGCAAAACGUCGAGCAGCCGGGUUGGCUCGAUACCCUAUAUGGCGCCGGAAGUUCUAAGGAUGGAAGUAUAUGACCGCACAUCCGACUACUGGUCGCUGGGCAUCCUGGCCUACGUGCUCUACGUCCGCCACACGCCCAUGUCCAUCUACUCGGCGAAGACCAACCUGGACCACUGGGUCGACAGGGACUACAUGUACCAAUACGCUGAAGUGGUCCCCAUUACCCUGCCCAAACACAUGCCUCCGCAUGCAAAAAGCCUGAUAAGUGGUCUCCUAGUUGAGAGCGAAAGGUCUGUCGGGGCGAAAUAUCCCAAGAGGGUACCAGUCAUUGUGAUUGCAGCCCAAUUGGUGCGAAUCGGCGGAGAGAGCGAGCCGACACAGAUAUGCAUUCCGUGUCUCCGAGCCAUCAUCAUCGACAUCAUCAUCUUCGCCCUUACUUCAACUUCUUUUGCGAGCUGUGCAUCUGCCAUACUGCCUUUACAGCACGUGUUGUAGGCCCAUGUGUCGUGGCAUAUGACACGCCCAAUUUAGUGUCCCAGCGAUGGAGAACGCUGUUGCUCCUUCUGAAACGAGGACACACGGGGUUCCAGCCGUUGGCGCCAACCUGUUGUUGCGUAUUCUCGUAAUGAGCAAGGGGGACAGCGCGCUCGCCGCAUAACACUGGACUCGCUAAUUACAUUUCGCUACAUUAAUGUAGCGGAACUUGUUCCGUGUUCCCAUGUCCGAACGCAAUGUGAUAGUAAAGUUUAUUUUGUUGGU